AUGGAUUUUUUAAACUCCUCUGAUCAAAACUUGACCUCCGAGGAACUGCUAAACAGAAUGCCAUCCAAAAUCCUGGUGUCACUCACCCUCUCCGGGCUGGCACUGCUGACAACAACCAUCAACUCCCUUGUGAUUGCUGCAAUCAUUGUAACGCGGAAGCUGCACCACCCAGCCAACUAUCUAAUUUGCUCCCUUGCAGUCACAGAUUUUCUCGUAGCUGUGCUGGUGAUGCCCUUCAGCAUUGUAUACAUUGUGAGAGAGAGCUGGAUAAUGGGGCAGGUUGUCUGUGACAUCUGGCUGAGUGUUGACAUGAUCUGCUGCACAUGCUCCAUCUUGCAUCUCUCGGCUAUAGCUUUGGAUCGCUAUCGGGCAAUCACGGAUGCGGUUGAGUAUGCCAGGAAGAGGACUCCCAAGCACGCUGGCAUCAUGAUCACUGUGGUCUGGAUUAUAUCUGUCUUUAUCUCAAUGCCUCCCCUGUUCUGGAGGCACCAAGGAACUAGCCGAGACGAUGAGUGCAUCAUCAAGCAUGAUCACAUUGUUUCCACUAUUUACUCGACAUUUGGCGCUUUCUACAUCCCACUUGUACUGAUUUUGAUUCUCUACUACAAAAUAUACAGAGCAGCAAAGACGUUGUAUCACAAGAGACAAGCAAGUAGGAUUGCCAAGGAGGAGCUGAAUGGCCAAGUACUUUUGGAGAGCAGUGAGAAAAGCACCAGACUGGUCUCUACACCUUACAUGCUGGAAAAGUCUUUAUCUGAUCCAUCAACAGACCUUGACAAAAUGCACAACACAGUGAAGAUUUCCAGAUCUGAAUUAAAGCAUGAGAAAUCUUGGAGAAGGCAAAAGAUCUCGGGCACAAGAGAACGCAAAGCAGCCACUACACUGGGAUUAAUCUUGGGUGCAUUUGUAAUAUGCUGGCUUCCUUUUUUUGUAAAAGAAUUGGUUGUUAAUGUCUGUGAGAAAUGUAAAAUUUCUGAAGAAAUGUCAAAUUUUCUGGCAUGGCUUGGAUAUCUCAAUUCUCUUAUCAAUCCACUGAUUUACACAAUCUUCAAUGAAGACUUUAAGAAAGCAUUCCAAAAACUUGUGCGAUGUCGAUGCUAA